UUUUUGUUGCAGCUCUUGUCUAAUUAAUGAUCUAUACAAUAUCAUCUAUUUAAUAAAUUGUGUGUGUGUGUUGUGUGCAGAUAAAAGAUUAAUGAGUUCAAAAGAUAUACGAUCAAUAUUAUCUGGAGGUGUAAAAAAGGUUUCUGGGACUAAAUCCAGUACUGUAAAUAGUUUGAUAACUACAAAAGGUAAACUUCUCAAUGAUAUCGCGUCUGAACCAUUAUGGAGAACUCAUGGUACUUAUUUAAUAACCAACUUACCACCUAAAAGUUCUUUAAUUAAGACAUUUGGAAAUGAUACAAAGAUUAAAAUUGCUGCAUUUGAUUUAGAUGGUACGUUAGUUCAAACCAAAAGUGGUAGAAGUUUUGCCAUUUCGUCUGAUGAUUGGAAAUGGUGGGAUUCACCUAAAGCUAAAUCUCUGGUAUUAGAAAAGUUAGAUCAAGUAAUAAAAGAUAAAUAUUUAAUAGUUAUAUUCACUAAUCAAGGUGGAGUUGUUACUAACGUGGCCAAUAAAUCUUAUAAUAACUUUGUGAAGAGAGUUACGUCUGUCAUAAAAUCAUUAAACGCAUAUAUUAAGAAUGAAGAAGUUCCUAUAUUAGUAUACGCAUCACCUAAAAAGCCCGCCAAAGAAACUGAUUCAACUAAACAUACAUUAAUGAGGAAACCAAAUAUUGGAAUGUGGAAAGAGUUGGUGGAAUAUGUUGGAAAUAAUCAAAUAGAUGAAGAUAAUAGCUUUUUUGUUGGAGAUGCUGCUGGUAGACCUAAUGAUUUUCUGGAUAGUGAUUUAAUGUUUGCUAAGAAUAUUGGAAUUACAAAUUUUAAGACACCGGAAGAAUUCUUCUUAUGAAUGUAUAUAUACAGUUUUUAUGU